CCUGCCUCCACAUCAAACACUUGUUAAUUCAUUUUUCAUCUCAACUCUCAACUCCCUCUUUCUCUCUUCAAAAUUAUAAUAUCUCACCGAAACCACCCAAAACAGAUCACAAAUUUCAUCUCCGCCGGCCGGCUACGAACAUGCAGUCCAGCUCCAUAGUCGAUGCAUCACCGAGCUUCAACACACAUUCUUCUAACAACCUCACGGAUAUUGCAGAUAGAGUUGUCCAAGAAUUACUUCGAAACGACAAUGGAUUCGGAGACGAUAUCUUCGACUUCGGUGUUGAUAAUAAUCGGGAGAAUACUGGCGAAGAUGAGGGGGUAAUGACUAAUACUCCUACCGGAAACUUGAAGGAAAAUGAGGAAGACACUCCCAACGAAGAUGAAAUAGAGUUCGAGUUCCCUGUUGUUUGUAGAGACUCUAAUCUGUUUCCGGUUUCAACUGCCGACAGUCAGAUCUCGCGGAGCUAUCCGCUAUUCGAUAGAAGUUUAUUGUUAGACGUCGAUCCUAAUUCCAGUAACGAUGUUGAUACUUCGGGGACUGAUCCUAAGCCGUCUCCGGCGGCGCGGCAUUCUCUGAUGAUGCUUUUCAGAGAAGAUCUCUCGGCGUCGUCUUCCUCGUCAGAGGCGGAUGAUCUGGACAGAAUUUCGCCGGGAACGUACUGCGUCUGGAACCCGAAGUCCGAAUCGCAUGGAAAGCAUAAGAAGAGCAAUUCCAUAUCGUUUGAUAAUAAUUCGAAGAGGUGGAAGGUUCGAGAUCUACUCAAGCGAAGCUACAGUGACGACAACUAUUCAGCCGGCAAGGUUGACAUUUUCACUCCUCCGAUUGCAACGAAGCAGAAGAUGAACAACGAAAAGGUUAAGAAGACUGAGAAAACUGCUAAAUUAACUUCUGCCGUCGACGGCGGUGGAAUAUAUAGUAAGACGGAAUCUAAUACCCCAGUGCAUAAAGCGAAAGCGGGAGGUAACCGUCUUCCGCCGUAUCUUCCCUACCGGCCAGAUCAGCAAGGUCUAUAUGCCAAUUUCACCGGAUCAAGUAGAAAUUUUUAUCGUUACUAAAACGUAUAAUAACUUUAAUUUACAUAUUCUUAAUUUUUGUUUUCAUGAAACUUUACAUCUCUUACGUUAAUUAGGUUUUGCAGUUAUGACAUUCUGACUGUAAAUCUCCUGUUAGUAUGUAUGUGUGAGGGGAUUAAGGCUAGAACCGAACUGUCGAGUUUGAAUAUUAUUUAUCGGUGUUUCGAAUCUAUCUAAAACCUAUUAUUGUAAA